UUUUUGGGUGGCCUUGAACGCACCUGUGUUCCACCUGCAGCUAGCUGAGCUUCAGAUGGGAGGAUAGGGAAGGACCCGACCAGUAAAAGCGCAGAUUUCCUCAGCUUGCCUCGGCCCCUACUCUUGGGUACCAUGGUGUAUAUUUUUAGAAACCUCGCAUGGCGAUUGCAUUCUCCAUAUUAUUAGGGCUCGCCUGUCGGUGCCGAUUCGGCCUGCCGUCCUGAGCGCUCUCUGCAGCGUCUAGAUGCCGUGGCUGAGAUGAGUGUGAAGGCUUUUGAGCUUGUCCCCGCUGUGGAGCGUGACCUCCUCAUGGGCGACAAAGCUCGCAUCAACAUAGAAUGCAUCGAGUGCUGCGGCCGGCACCUGUACGUGGGCACCAAUGACUGCUUCAUCCACCACUUCCUGCUGGACGAGGUCACUUCCUCCAAAGGCAGAUUGAGCUACUCGGCCCAGAAGCUGCUUCACAAAUACCUCGGCCUCAACAAACCGGUUGCUGAGCUGCACGCCGCCUCCGCUUUGGAGCGUCUGAUAGUGCUUUGCGACGGCAUAGUGUUCCUCGUCGACAUGGUGACUCUGGAGUCUGUUCCCUCGGCAGCUGGCGGCGGGGUGAAAAUCAGAGGCGUGACUGCGUUCUGCAUCAACGAGAACCCCGUUAACGGGGAUCCGUUCUGCGUGGAAAUGGGCGUGCUGUCAUCCAAGAGGAGGACGGUUCAGAUCUACAUGGUCUAUGAGGACAGAGUGCAGCUGGUCAAAGAGGUGAACACUCCUGAGCAGCCCGUCGCCGUCAGCAUCGAUGGAUACUUCUUGUGCUUGGCCCUCACAACACAGUACAUGAUCCUAAACUACAACACAGGAGCUUCACAGGACCUCUUCCCUUACAACAGCGAGGAGAGGACACCCAUUGUGAAGAGGAUCAGCCGAGAGGAGUUCCUCCUCGCAGCUCCUGGGGGUCUUGGGAUGUUCGCUAACGCAGAGGGCGCAUCACAGCGGGCUCCGGUUAAUUGGUCCGAGAGUGUGAUGGCUGCUGCUGUGUGUUUUCCAUAUGUGGUGGCUCUGGAUGAGAACUUCAUUACCAUCCACAGCAUGCUGGACCAACAACUGAAGCAGACGCUCUCAUUCAGAGAUGGACAAGUUCUACAAGAUGUCGAAGGGAAGGUCAUGCUGGCUUCCACUAAGGCUGUGUACGUCCUGGUUCCUCUGCCAUUGGAGAGACAGAUUCAAGACUUACUGGCCAGCCACAGAGUGGAGGAAGCACUGGUCCUAACAGAGGGAGCACAGAGGAAUAUUCCCAAAGACAAGUUCCAGAUUUUGCACAGAAGAAUCCUUCAGCAGGCCGGGUUCAUAAAGUUUGGUCAGCUUCAGUUCCUGGAGGCUAAAGAACACUUUAGAAAGGGUCAGCUGGAUGUGCGGGAGCUCAUAUCUCUCUACCCCUUACUGCUCCCAGCUUCCUCGUCGUUCAUGCGCUGCCACCCUCCUCUUCACGAAUUUGCGGAUCUCAACCAUCUGGCGAAGGGUGACCAGGGAAAAGUGCUGCGAUGCAAGAACUUCCUCAUCAGUUAUUUAGGCGAGGUUCGCAGCACGGACUUGGUGAACGGCUGUAGAGACGACGUGGACACAGCUCUGCUGAAGCUCUACGCCGAGCAGGAUCAUGACAGCCUGUUGGAUCUGCUGGCUUCAGACAACUCGUGCCUGCUCACAGACAGCAUUCCAUGGCUGGAGAAAUACCACAAAUAUUUUGCACUCGGGCUUCUCUAUCAUUUUAACGGUCAGGACGCAGCAGCACUGCAGCUGUGGAUUCGUAUUGUUGACGGUGAACUGCGCGACUCCACCAGAUCCGAUCUGUAUGAGUACAUUGUGGACUUUCUCUGCUGCUCUUCCAAUAUGGAGAUUGUGUGGAAGUAUGCAGACUGGGCCUUGCGGAAGGAUCCCACCAAAGGUGUUCACAUCUUUACCAAGAGGCCUGUCUGCAAAGGUGGAUCGGAGGUGAACCCAGAUGAAGUCAUCGCCUACCUGGGAAAGCACAGCCAGGCUCUUCUUCUGUAUCUGGAACACCUGGUGUUGGAGAGAAAAAUCCAGAAAGAGAAGUUCCACACACAUUUGGCUGUGUUAUACCUGGAGAGGGUGGUGUCGUUGUUGAAGACGCCUAAGGAUGAGGACCAGCUGACCAAAGCCAGAGAGAAGCUCCAAGCCAUGAUCAGGGAGUCUCAUUUAUACCGUGUACAGUUUGUUUUAGGUAAAAUGGAGGGCUGUGAAGAACUUCUGCUAGAGCGUGCAACACUACAUGGGAAAUUAGAGGAGCACGACAAAGCGCUGCAUAUACUGGUGCACAAACUGAGAGACUUCCCGUCCGCAGAGGCCUUCGUCGUCUGGGCCUCGUCAGAUCGAGAUCCGCUUUAUCGGCAGCGGCUGUUUCACCUUCUCCUCGGGGUCUAUCUGCACGACGCCCCCUCUGGAAGUGGCGGCAGCAGUGAGAUGGAGAUGGCGGCUGUGGAUCUCCUAAACAGGCACGGCGAGGUGUUCGAUGCCGUCCGCGUCCUACGGAUGCUCCCAGAAAACUGGUCCUUGCAGCUGCUGAGGCCUUUCUUAAACCGAGCCGUCAGGGCCAGCAUGCACGCCAGCCGUACGUCCCAGAUCGCUUUGGGACUCGCCCGCUCUGAGAACGUGCAGCUGCUGCAUGACAGGUUGAAGGAGCGAAGGAAACCUAUUUUUGUGUCAGAGAAGAAGGGAUGCCACCUGUGCCACAACACCUUCAGCGAGCCAAGCGUGGUUUGCCUGCCAGGGGGAGUGCCUGUCCACGUCCACUGUGCCGCGCAGAGAGUGAGAGACUCUCCCACAAAGAGACAGUUAACUAAUAGCAGCAACCAUACGUGAGAUUAGACAUUUCACACUACAGUCUGGUGUUUGACUGGAGGAACCGAGCCACACCUGGAAGAACUGAGAGCCUGGAUGGGCUGCGGCCUUCUAGGAGAACAAGAAGCACAGAUGAGAAACCAGUUUGGAGGGAGGAACGCGAGGGAAGGUGAUUCAGCGCGACCGCGUUGAAGAACGGAUUCCUUGGGCUGUUUUUUUCCUGUGCUGCGAUGCUACAUGUUCAGACUUGAUAUUUGAGCUCCUUUUCUUUCUGUGUCUGUCUUACAGAGUUAAAGCUCCAAAUUAUGAAAAAAUAUAUAUAUAACAGAACAGGAUUUUUUUUAAUACUUUUCCAAAUAUUUUGGAAUCAUGAAAUAAUACUAAAACUGCUUCGGUUCUUGUUCAGUCAGGUUGCCUUGUUAUACUGUCCUAAUGUGUGCACAGUCGUUAGGUCUUCAUCUGGAAUACAACAAAAACAUUCUUUGUUUUCUGUCUUUUACAAGAGAUGGCGUCUCUGCAGCCCUUUCCUCCUCCUCAUCUAGAACAUCAGGUGUUUGUUUCAGUGUUUUACUUGGUAACCUGCCAUGAACAGUUGGAUCCGACCUACAUUUUCAUUU